CCUACGUGAUGCUUUAUUCUUCCCAAAAUUUGUCAGUGAGCGAGAUCACUGUCGAGGGACGAGAGCAGCCACCAACACGACGAACAAAAUCAAAAUGGCUACACGAGCUGCUUCUUUUCCACCAAUCGGGGUGUUCUAAAAUAAACCCGUGGCCACCCCCGACCGCUACCGCAGUGUUGAAGAAGAAACCAACAUGUUCCGCGCCUGGGAGGGUCAGUACCUGACCUAUACCGACAAUGACGACAGUCGGUGGUGUCCAGGGGCGGUGGUGCCCGACAACCGUUUUUCCUACCACCUCGAGCUCGCCGCUUUACUUGAGAAUCACAUGCACCAGUCGGAAUACGGUGGGGGAAAGGGCGGCCAAGACGAUGCGAGGUUCAAGAAAUAUGCAUUGCAAAUAUGUCUGGGUCUGGAAGAAGCAACGUGUGAUGCUGCAUCUGGAUUCUACAAAAAUCUGUAGUGCAUGAACAGCAAAAGAUCCAUUUUUUCCACGGCGAAAGGGCCUUUCUCAUGCGGCGUAGGCAUCAGGGACAGGGAUCCCUCACAAAAUCUGUGAUGCCAGGGCAUGCAUCACAGACAUCAGGAGUCAUUCAAAAUGUGCAUCACAAACCUUAACCUUUCACCCUUCCAGACCCAGACAUUUUUACAGUUGAUAAGAAAAAGCUGAAGACAAACUUGAACUACUGGCAACCGACGGAGGAGGAGAUAUUCCUGAUGGAGAAGGAAUAUAUGGAGAGGGUACUUAUAUAUUAGUAAGUAUUUGUAUUUCAGUUCUUUGUUUGCGCACUUGCAUGUAUGCAUUUGCAUCGCGAAUGCAAACGCAUUCUCUUUUUGUGAAGAUCGAUUCCCAUGGUGCAUGAAAAGAAGAAUAUCAAAUGUAGUUAUUUCAGCACAAGUCAACAAAUGAUCCCGGCAUCACGGUCACGCAUGAAAAAGAAAUCUCAGGAACGCGACAUUCCGACACCGGAAGAGGCCUUACAAUACAUAUUGUGAGGAAAGAUCCCCCCUCCCCAUACAUACUGAAAAGGCAUGCUCCUAAAAAUUUGUCAUGGUGAUUUGUGACUACAAAUCCAGCCUCUCUUGCAAGGGGGCAAAUCCAAAGAAUCCGCCGACUCAUGCAGGCGAUUUGUAGUGCUGUUACGGCUAAAUGACAGGCCUCUGCUAUGCUAAGCACCUACACCAAAACACCUCUGCACAGGCUUAGGCUUUGCCUGCAGUGCCUCGCUGCAAGACAGAUGUGAGUUGUGUACACACAUCCCGCGUCACAGAUUUCCGUUUUGAUAUAGGGAGGGGGGAUUUUUCCUUUUGAUAAUACAAGCGCAGUCUCUCCGCCUUGCUCGGCACCGCGUCCGGCCCUUCCGAAGAGGAUGUGCAAAAGCGAGUUUUAGAAGCGGGCGAGACGUUUAUCAUUUGUAAAAACGUCCCCACACCAGAGUCAAGAUGGGAAAUCUGCUAGACAACUCAGCCAGCUUUGGUCGUUUGGCAUGACAAAUUUUUCCUCGUAGUGUAAUCCUGUUUAGGUACUUCAGCAGCGUCACAGAUCUAGUAUGUCGCUUUGAUUAUAGCAUUACAAAUCCCAAACGCGACUAGACAAUGCCUCUCAUGGCGCUCCGCAUGACAAACUUUUUUGGCGUGCAGAUUUGCAUGACAACUCUGGGCUGGGGACGUUUUUCCUCAGGAUAACGUUUCGAAAAAAAUUGCGGUCGCGAGAGGUGGAUUUCGUCGACAGAAAUUGGCGUCUAUACAGGAGCAAGACGGAACGUAGUUGAUUUUUGCUGGUGUAUUCCUUUUCCACUUGCAACAAUGAUUUUUCACAUGUAUGGUGAACCUUAACCUAUGAUUGAAUGCUAUACAAGAACAACAUUCAAAAACUACAGAUAAUCUGGAGGAGAACCGGUUAAAAGAGAAGAAGGAAGAGAGGGAAAGACUUCUGUCCGGAUCCUCCGCGACCACAAUACCGCUUCCUAUCAAAUGCAAAAAUGUCUGGGUCUGGAAGGUUGCCAGGUUUGUCAUGCAUAUUUUACAUGACUCAGGAUUCAGGAUUGUUUGUGAUGUAUGCCCUACCAUCACAGAUUUUCAGAACCCUUCUUGAUGCCUAUCCCGCAUGACAAAUGCACUCCCCGCGUAGCACAAACUGGGCUCCUAUUGCUGGUCAUGCAAUACAGAUUUUUGUAGAGUCCAAAGUUAGCAUCACAAGUUCCAGACCCAGACAUUUUUACCUUUGAUACUUCCUCCUGUAGAGCAACCAAUGGAGGAGAACCGCAUUGACCCGGCAGUGUAUGCAUAGCAGCAGUAUUGUACUUCUAGUAUGAGUUGCAAUACAAAUUUUUCCAAGGCAAGAAGGGCAACUUGUAAUGCUGAUUUCCCUUGAUCCAUAGAUCUGUCAUGCCGAUUACUGCAAGUCACACUAGUACGAUGCUUUUGCUCUGGAUACAGUCGUGCAGGCGGCCAGAGACGCGGAAGAAGCGGCAACCAGGGAGGCCUUCCAGCUUGCGGUGUUGAGCAGAGUGGUACAUCAAAAGUAGCAAUAGAUGUUACGGAAGUGUCGUGUUUCUUCUGCGACGUUUUGCAUGACAAAAGGUGUUGGAAUUUCGUGUGUCGCAUGACAAAUCAAUGCAAAUUAAAACCGCACAGGAACCGGACCAAUUUGGGCAGUCCACGUCAGCGAUGAAACAGAUGCAGGCUAUCAAAUGCAAAAAUGUCUGGGUCUGGAAGAAUGCAAGUUUGUCAUGCUUGUCUGGCAUGACUCCAGAAUCUGUGUUGCAUAGCCACGAAAAGGCCCUCUUGCCUGUCAUGCAAAGAAAAACGCAGUUUGCCAUGCGGAAUACGUAAGACAUGGCAGCCAAAAAAUUUGUCAUGCGUGGCUGCGUAUUGCAGUGCGUUUAUCAUUCACUUUAUAGCAUUACAAGUUUCCAGACCCAGACAUAUUUGCAAUUCAUACAGGCGAUGUACACGCAAUACGAGAGAGAAAUCAUCGAAAGUGCGACGCUGCGGAACCGACAGCGGUAUCAAAUGCAAAAAUGUCUGGGUCUGGAAGAGUCAUGCUGUUUUUGCAUGACACAGAAGGUCUUGCGUGGAAGCUCUAGCAUCACAGGUUUCGAGAAGCUUUCGCAAUGCCGAAGCCGCAUGACAAAUCCCCCAUUUUGGUGACAGAAAGUGGGCAACUUUUGCUGCCUGUGCAUGAGAGGUUUGUAUGUGUUGUGAAAUGCGCAUCACAAGUUUGCAUUCUUCCAGACCCAGAUGAGAUAUUUGCAAUGCAUAAGCGGGUAAAGACCUACCGCAGAAAAUACGGAGUGGUUUUUGACCGGUUGAAAAAAAACAUCUCGGCUUACCUCAUGGAGGUCGCGUUAGCGAAAAGAGACGAGGAGCUAAACGAAAAGGAACAGAUAUCAAAUGCAAAUAUGUUUGGGUCUGGAAACCUGUGACGCAAGGAAGGGAAUCAUUGUGAGCACACUGUAUUGCGCUGCCAAGCAUAACAAACUUUUGGGUGCUCCUUCUGAGUUGCGUACUCUGCAUGAGAAACUGCGUUUUUGCAUGACAGACAAGAGGAGCUCAUCGGGGCCACGCAGCACAGAGUGCAGAGGCAUGCCAGACUAGCAUGAGAAGUCUUGCAAUCUCCCAGACCUCCAGGGAUAUUUGCGUUUGAUAACAGGCCCGGUCGAGCAAAUCGGAAUCAAGACCGGGGAGUAGCAGCAACAAAACGGGCGAGGAUGGGCAACCGAUGGACUCCUCUGAGGGAACGGGGAGUAGACCGAUCAGUAGCGGGAGCUCACGUAUAAUUCGACUAGUGUCUGAGUUACUGAUGAAUGUUUAUUGUGGAGUUUGAGGUCAUGCUGUUUUCGAAUUUGAACUGUGGCGCACAAAAUGCACUGCAUGACAAAAAACUACCGAACGAACUCCUCCAGGUCUCGGCAGCCGCAUGAGCUCCGCGCGCAGAAGACAGCGCAGCGUGAAAGUCAUUUCCGACACGAUUAAGGACAAAAAGCCGCGGGACGAGAAUAUCGAGGAGAAAGACAUCACUAUCUCAGGCAAAAAGUGUUACCGUUACACAUUUGUUGGAAUUUCUGCAUCACAAAGUUGCUCGACAUGGCAAAAAAAACCUGUAAUGCGCAGACUAUCAGCGAUAGGAAAAACACGCAUAAAAUGAGGCCGGCAAAAAAUAGCAUUUUCAGCAUGACCGAGGGUGUCUGUCUUGCUUGUCUUCCGUCCGGGUGUGUCACUGUAACACUUUUUUCUCAGGAUAAUCACCGUCAUCGACGAAAACGGGUUUGUGCAGGUGAAACAGGCUGGCGUGAUAGGAGAGCACGACGGCGAGGAGAUAUUUCAGGACAAACUCGAAGUGGACCUCGACGCGAAAUUAGCGGAGUCGAUUAUCAACGGGGUUUUGCAGGAAAGUUUCGGGGAUUUGAAAGAAGAAGAAGGUGGCGGGGAAGCAGGAGGAUUGUUACAGGCUGCUGAUGGCGAUAAAGAGAACCUAGCACCAGAUGAACCACCGGGGAACCAGAACAGUACGGAAAAUUUUGAAAAUGGGCGAGAGGAUUCAGUAGCAGCAGCAGCAGCAAAGAUAGGAGAUGGCGCGGCGCCCGAGCGGCCGGAAGAAGUCAUUUCACUUUCGAAAGACAUAAAUUCGGUGGAAAUAGUAGCAGAAAUAACGGAAGAACAGGCGAACAAAACCAUCACAAUUUCCGCGACCAAGGAGGAGGAUUCCUUGAUGACGCAGUCGUUAGAACAGCAGGGGGAUUCGGUUGACAUUGUCACGGAGCGGGAGCUAAUUGACCAGCUCUUGGACGGGGGGAUGACGGGGGAUUAGAAGUUUCUUUUUGAUCAUGAAAUAAUCCAUGACUUGCAACCUCUAAAACAAAACGACAUCGGAAACUAUCCUCGUUCGGGAACGAGGCGCGCAGACCCCGGAUUUUUUCAAAAAGUGAGAACGCGGUGAGUUUUCGUGUGGGCUCUCGUUCCGGAACGAGAAACGCUGUGAGAAUUCACUGAAUUGCCACUCCAGGACUAUUCAAAAAGUGAGAACGCAGUGAAUUCUUACUCGGCUUCUCGUUCCGGAACGAGAAUUGGAGUGAGAAUUUCCUGAAUUCCGACUCCAGGACUUUUCAAAAAGUGAGAACUCACUGAGUUCUCACUUGGUUUUCGUUUCGGAACGAGAAAUGGAGUGAGUAGAAUUCACUGAAUUCUCAAUCACGGAAAAUUCGUGAUCCCAGAGUGGGACUUUUCAAAAAGUGAAUAUUCACUGAAUUUUCACUCGAUUUCUCGUUCCGAAACGAGAAGCCGAUGGAAAAUUCAGUGAGUAUUCACUUUUUGAAAAAAAACACUUUUGGAGCAUGCAUGUUUCUGGAGAGAGAGGUUUCAGAUCCCGGAGUGGAAAUUUUCCGAAAGUGAAAAUUCAGUGAAUUUUCACUUUUUGAAAAAAAUCACUUUUGGAUCACGAAUUUUCCUGGAGAGAGACUUGAGCUCCAGAGUGAAAAUUUUCCGAAAGUGAAAAUUCACUGAAUUUUCAAUCGAUUUCUCGUUCCAGAACGAGGCCUCGUUCCGGAACGAGGCCUCGUUCCGGAACGAGAAAUCGAGUGAAAAUUCAGUGAAUUUUCACUUUUUGAAAAUUUUCACUCCGGAGGCGAAGUUUUCCCGGAGUGCGAAUUCGGGAAGCUGGAUUUUUCCAAAAGUGAAAAUUCACUGAAUUUUCACUCGAUUUCUCGUUCCGGAACGAGAAACCGAGUGAAAAUUCAUUGAAUAUUCAAUCCUGGAAAAAUCUCCUUCCGGAAUUUCGAAAAGGGAAUUACUAGGCUUCUGGUUCUUCCGGAACGAGGCCUCGCUGAAUUACCACCCCAGAGAAAAACUAUCUCACCCUGGAAUCACUCUGGAAAUGGGAUUUUCGUAGAGUGGCAAUUCAGUGGGUUAUGACUACAUGAACAAAAAAACCGCAAACGCUGACCUUUUGCAGCACACAUGGCAGAAAUAGGGCGAGUGCUAUCGAUUCAAAUUGCAGGACGUUCCGUAGCGUGUCGCUAGUAGCGUUUGCUGCAUGGCGCGAAAAAUUUUUUGCGAGCCUUCUAAUUGCAGCGCGCUACUGCCCGCGCCACAUCGCCGAGAGGAACGCCCUGCCGCACUGCCUGCAAGGUGCGUGUGGUGCCGUUCGUAAGCCGCGCCUGAUUUUUGUAGUUCGCAACGUCGCCCGAUGUUUUGGCUUCAGCAUGUUCAAAACGGUCGAAGUUGUAGCCUUUGGGCUCUCGUUCCCCAACGAGGGGAGUUUCCGACGCGAAAGGGGGGGUCUUUGCAAGUCAUGAAAUAAUCUUGCUGGCAUCUAGUACUUCUGUUCUACGCUGCCACCAAUUUUUAAGUUUCAGAAUUAAUGAACUGGUUUCAAAUAUUUAAUUCACACACAGGGAAUGAACAUGAAUAUGAAAAACAAGCUGUUUCAAAAUAAGUACACCAAAAAACGAGACGCAAUAAAUUGCUGAUUCAAAAAGAAGUAAACAACCCGGGUCGAGGACAUUUUUUGCCCGCGGAGGUUGAGAAUUGUGGAAAUGACGAAAGGUUUUGUCUUGUACCAACGCAAAUGCACAUUGUAGAGUGAGAAAUGAUGUAAAAUUCUUGUAAAGUUUCUUCAUCGAGCUCUUAACUGUACAAGAAAUUCCAGCAAUUGUACAAUGAAUCAGAAAUAAUGGCAGCGCGUCGGAAACUCGCCAGAGCUGCUGCAGCCGACGCGGCGCAAAAAUCUUUCAGUGCGAUUUUUAGGACGGCGGGAAGGUUCUGUUCACCAAUCACAUUCUCC